AUGCGCGCACACGCGUUCCCAAAGGCACACACGCCCGCGCCCCCGCCGCGGAACCUUCCCCCACCACACCUCCGGAAGGCCAAAGGCACGGAGGAGGAGCCGAUGGAGGAAGGAGGGCAAGCCUUGGAAGGCAAGGCAGCGCUCGGCUUCCAGAGGGGCUUCCUAGCCGGGAAGCGCCUGUCUGAGCUUCCCUGGCAGAGCCUUGAAGAAAUCUUGAAACAUUCAAAGGAUUCCUCUCCAUUUUUAGCUAUCCUGCAGAAGACGGUGUUUCAUCCACUCUGCUUGAAGUAUCCUCCAUCUGUUCAAUACAGAAGACGGUUCUUAUCAGAGCUGAUCAAAAAGCAUGAAUCGACAUGCCCUGAGCCACUGGAUCAACUCUACGAAGCCCUUGGGGAUGUCCUAAAGACUGAAGAAACCACACAUUGUUACAAAAACUACUUAUUGCCCUCAGGAGACGCCAUUACGCUUCGUGAAAAUGUGGCCAUCGUUUCACAAGGAACAACAGGUCUGGUCACCUGGGACGCCGGUCUCUACCUGGCCGAAUGGGCUCUGGAGAAUUCGGAGGUCUUCAGGAGCAGAAGAAUUCUGGAAUUGGGAAGUGGGAUUGGAUUGACGGGCAUUGCCAUUUGCAAGGCUUGCCAUCCGAGAGAAUACAUCUUCAGCGAUCACCAUGGGGGUGUCCUUCAACAGCUGUCUGAGAAUGUCCAGCUGAAUGGUUUGACUUUGCAGCCUGAUUCUUGCAGCCACCGUGCAAAAGAAAGCUGCAAUCAUCAGGACCAUCUCGAUGAUGACCUUGAAGAUGAACAUCAGGUCCGAACAUCAGUAAAAGAACUAGACUGGAAUCUCGUUUCCAAAGACGAGCUUGCGAAAUUGCAAGCUGACGUCAUUCUUGCUGCAGAUGUGGUAUACGAUCCGGAGGUAAGCCAGCACUUGAUUGGUGUCCUUCAAAAAGUUCCCCGGGACCGCAGGAAUAGAGAAACACCUGACGUUUACAUCGCCUUCAAUAUCCGAAACCCAGAUACAUAUCGCGACUUCCAGAUGCAACUUGAUAAAGUGGAGAUUGGAUGGCAAAUAGUACCUACCUCUUGGAAGAAUCUUUUUCCAUAUGACCAGCAUGCAACUAUAGUAAUUUUAAGGCUGCAUGUUUAAGAGUUUUCCCCAAAAACUCUUAGUUGGAAAGCUUUUCCCAAGUAUUAUGAUUGGAAAUAACUUUGGCCAUCGUGAGCUGGUUUCGCUCUCAAGUGUCCACUGUUGGAAGCAUCAAAAUGUCUCUUAUAGCUGCAUUAAAAACGAUUCACUUUUUUUGUUAUAACCAAUGGGUCUACAAGGGAGUUUCUUUCAGUCUUCUCAACUUUAAGACCAAUUCCAAGAAUUCCUCAAUUUCUCAGCAACUUGAAGAUGUGUGGUCAUCAACUCCCAGAAUUCAUUGGGAAGUUGAAGUCCACACAUCUUUAAAGUUGCCACAGUUGAGGAACACUGAUGUACGAGAUACAUUACCGAAAACCUUUGUGUAUUGUAUUGUUUACACAUUUAAAGUUACCUUCUUGCGAUCUCAGAGAAUGCUUCUAAUCUGUCCUGUUUAUAUACUCACGCGAACGAUGGAACUCGGAAGCUGUUAUUUUUGGUAUAAUAAACACGAGGUUACCUCUG